AUGCAGCGCUUCUUUUUUAAUCGAAACUACAUUUCCCAUAAGGACGAGUUAAACAUGACGACUCCGGGGGGAAAUAUCCCGGAAAUUGGGAAAUCAAAACAGAAGAACAUGGCUAAGAUGUCUUUUAAAUGCAUCGAAUGUAACGAGGAGGCUUCGGAAUUAUACCGAGAUUACAGGAACGGAAUAGUCAAGAUAACGAUCUGUCGAUCAUGUGCAAAACCUGUGGACAAGUACAUCGAAUACGAUCCUGUCAUCAUUCUCAUAGACGCCAUCUUGUGUAAAAUCCAGGCCUUCCGACACAUUCUGUUCAACACACAGAUCAAUAUGCACUGGAAGUUGUGUGUUUUCUGCCUAUUGUGCGAGGCAUAUCUCAGAUGGUCUCGGCUCCAGAGUUCAGAGGUCACUGGUGAUCCUGCUGACAUCAUCAGAUACACGAAAGAAUGGGACUUUUAUGGGAUGUUUGCUCUGUCUUUUCUAGAGCUGGGUGUGUACUGCGCAGGAGUCUUAGCGGUGUUAUGGUUCGCCCAGAAGCUCUACGGCGGCUCGGUGAAAACGUCGGAUCUGCUGAAGGCUCUGCUGCUGUCCUGCUACGGCAAAGUGCUGCUGAUUCCCGCGGUGAUCUGGGAGCACGAUUACUCUCCGCUCUGCUUCACACUCAUCCGCGUGUUUGUGCUCACGUCUAACACACAGGCAGUACGGGUGAUUCUGAACUGCCGCAGACGUCUCUCCAUCUUCGCCGUGUGCGUGGGCCUGCUUUUAGAGACGUGCGCCUCUCACGCUUUACACAAGCUGCGGACGAGCACACACACACUCCUGCCGGAGCUCUACACGUAGAAACACAGACGCUUUCAUUAGACCUGUUACAUCACAGCAGCUGCUCUUCCUCUCGUACAGGCUCAUGAUUGUGCCGGACACAAUAGAAACCUGUUAGGGACGUUAAAAAGAUUCUACUUGAGGAAGGAAGAGAAGAGCUUGGGUCGUCCCAGGAAUCCCCUGCGUGUUUACACACAUUCUUGAGGUGGUUUGUGAAAUCUUUGAUAAUUAGCCUCACUGAAGGAGAGAGAUGAUUAUAACAACUGCUGAUUGUGUGGGGUGACAUCACGGACAUAUACACUCACAUGACUGAAUACCUGAUGUUCUGAUUGUGAUUUCUGUGUUAAAUAAAAGCUGUAAAGGUAUGUUUAGUACAGUGUGA